UUCGGGGAAUACCGUAUGGGAAAUAGCACGGCUACCGCUUAGUUUGUUCCACACCAGUAGGUGUAAUAGUAGCAGCCAGUCUGAUGGCGAAAAGACAGUUACCGAGUUAGCUGUUACCGCUACUAAGCUGGCGUCUCGGUCCCCGCAUGGCCUCGUACGGCCACCGCCUCGUCCUUCUUCUCCUCACAGCCUUGCUUCUUCCGCUCUCGCUCGCCCACUCAGCCACACCGUCUUGCUCGGGGGGGAAAUGCGGCGCUGGCGCAGACGGAAAUGACGUCAGCAGCAAGGCGGCGCCUUUCGCUCGUUUCGCGAGGCGUGGCGAAAGGCGUUCGCCAGCCUUCGCUUAUACUCCUGUGAAAGGGGCUCCAUUGGCGGAAUGGCAGCAGCGGCUGCUGGUAUGGCAUGCUGGGCAGGGGACCGACAGGAAAGACACCCUGGCGGAGGGGAGGGAGAGAGGGGCGGAGGAUUGGGAUGGAGAGAUGGGGGGGGAAGCGGGGGAGGUGGCGGGGCAAGCAGUUGAGUUGGAGCAAAGAGAGGCCAAGGAGGGGGAGAAAAGGGGUUCGAGGGAGGCGGGUCAUGAAAGUAGGUCAAAAGUGGGCGAUCAGGGUGGAGAGGCGCACAUGGGGAGAGGCGGACACGUGUUAGAUAGCAGACAUGACACACGUGACAGACAUGACACACGUGACAGACAUGACGUACAGGCGGACUCACACAUGGGAUGGGCACAAGGUGCGGACUUCGGUGACUCCAAUGACUUCCUCCCUGUGCUCGACCCGCUCCGCCUGCCGUCCCUCUUCCAAUCACCUGCUGCCACCUCAUCAGCCUCCUCGGACACCUCUGGUCCAGCCAGCCUGGAUGCCACGUCAGCAGCAGCGGCUCAGGAGAAUGUGGUGAGAGCAGGUGGCUUCGAAUUCACUGUGCAGACUGCUGAUGAUGCUGACGGGGCAGUGGAGACUGACGCAGUGAGGGUAGAGGGGGCUGCAGGGGAGGGUGAGGCGGAGAGAAGUAAUGGCACGCACCACGGGACGGGCCGUGGAAGACAGCUGCAGCAGCGGCGCAGCGAGGGGCUGGGGCAGGGGCUGUCGUCGGCCGUCAUGUCCGGCUCACUGCUCUCUGAGGCGCCUCUCGGCUCCCCCGUGCUCCUCCGCAUCGCCUUUGCUGCCGGCCCCAAGGCCGGCCACCAGACCCAGCAGCAGCAGCAGGUGGCGUCGCCUGUUGGCCUCUCGUCGCCCUUCUUCCGGCUGUCCUCGCAGGUGGACCUGUCCCAGUCGCGCGUGCAGCUCUAUGGCCCCAUGCCGCACUCCCGCCGCCGCACCUUCCCCCUCGCCGUCUCCCAGGCUGCUGACGCUGCUGGGGGCGAGGUGCUCACUUCUAACUUCACAGUCAAGGUGCCCGGUGCGUACAGUGUGAUGGUGGUGGUGGCGGACACGCAGGGCAACCGCCUCAAGUUCAAGGCGCCCAACUUCUUCCGCUCCGCCCUCCCCACCCCCACGCACCUCCUCCCCACCUCCGCUGUCUCCGCCCCUCUCUCCCCCGUCACUUCAGUCUCCUCUCCAGCCGUGGCAGGGCAGCAGGCGCAGAUGGCCUUUGCCCUCGUUAGUCAAGAUGGCACCCAGGUGCCAGUCACGGAUGCUGAUGUGAUUGUAGCGAGUGUGACGAGAGUGAGUGGUGGGGAUGGCAGCAGCCCUAGUGGGAACAGCAGCAGUAGUAGUGGUGGGAGCAGCGUCGGGGAGGGCAGUGGGUGGUCGGAGGGGUCAUCGGGGGUGGGCGUGGAGGUGGAUGGGGCCUCAGGGCACAUCAUCCUCCGUUUCACCCCCCCGUCUCAUGGUGACUACGCCCCCCACCUCUCUCUCAUCCGAGCCCAGCAGACACUUCAACUCCAGGACCCUCCGCCCUCUGCCUCCUCCUCCUCCUCCUCUGCCUUCUCCGCUUCCUCCUCCGCGCCCUCCUCUCUCGCCCCCUCCUCUUCUCUCCUGCAGGUGGCGCCAGGCGAGCCCAGUGCAGAGGCCUCGGGGCCACUGCUAGUAGCAGCACAGGAGGUGGGUGUGGCGCAGACGGGGCGUCUGACGGUGUAUGUGCGCGACGCCAUGGGCAACGACAUCCCUGCUGAGCCCCUGCUCUCGCUCUUCUCCGCCUCCUUCUCUGUCUCCUCCAACUUCACCCAGCAAGACCUCACCUACCCCGCCACCCUCUCCCCCUCCACCUCCCCCUCCACCUCCUCUUCCCCCCUCAACUCCUCCGUCCUUGACGUCACAUUCGAUUCAGGCACACUGGCAGGGGCGGCCUCUCUCUCUGUCCUCCUCUCAGGCCGCCACAUCAGGGGCAGCCCCUUCCCCUUCACGGUCGUCCCCGGCCCGCUGCAUGCGCCCUCCUCGCUGCUGUACGGCCCGGGGGCACAUGGCGCCGUGCCGCGGCAGGCGGCGUUCGUGCAGCUGCAGCUGAGGGACGCGUGGGGCAACGUGCUGCUGGCAGGGGGGGCGGGGCAGGACGUGCAGAGGGGAGUGCCGGCGGUGGUGGCAGGGGCGGCAGUGAGUGUGAUGGACAGCGGCCAUGGCAGCUACUCCAUUGCCUACCGUGUGCCGAAUCCAGGUGCCUACGCCCUUCUUGUGACAGUAGGCGGCGUGCUCUUGCAGAAUGUGACAGUGGCAGCUACACCAGCAGUGGAGGCCAGUGCAGGCAGCAUAGCAGCCCAGCCCACGUGUGUGGUAACCGUGUUACCCACCUCAGGCCCAAUGCAGCAGCUGCUCGCGUUCGCCCCGCCUCUUGUCCAAUCAGGAGCCGUCACGUGGCUGCGCAUCGUGGCAGUGGACUCAGCAGGCAUGGCAGCAGUAUCCGACCCCUCCCUGUCCUCGGCUAACCUCUCCCUCACCCUGCUGUCCACCCAGGGCCAGGUGGCUGACAUCACUGCUACCCCGGUCGUCCCCUCCUUUGGAGGGAAGCCCAUUCCUGCUGUGUGGGAGGCGCAGGUUACUGUUGAGGUGGCCGGCAGCUUUGUCCUGAUCUGCACGCAGUGCUUGGGGCGGGCGAGCAGCAUGGUGGUGAAGGCGGGGCUGCCGCUGCAGCUGCUGCAGGGGGGUGCGGGCGCGGGGAGCAACGGCUCCUCCUCUGCCGCUGGCUCUGCCUCUCCUGCUGCCCUCUCCGCCAGUGCUGCAUCAGCCGCGAAGCCAACGGAGGACUUAAAUCGGAUCUCUCUCACUGCUCACACGCACCUGCACAGGCACAGGGCGCCUUCUGUCAGUGCUGGUGGCGCUGCCACUGGCAGCAGUGUGGCGGGCAUGGCAGUGGCAACAGAUGGCUCUUCACCAUCUGUCCAUGGUGCGCUCUUCCCCUCCCUCCCUUCCACCCAACCCUCGCUCACCUCGGCCACUCCAACUGAACCCAACAGCAGCAGCAGCAGCAGCAGCAGCAGCGGUGCCGCAACUGCAGUGCAUGGUCGCAGCCUGCAGUCUGCUACCACCACAGACACCCUGCCCAGUAGCCAAGAACCAGUCACCUCGCCGAGCAGCAGCACCAGCAGCAGCAGCAGCAGCAGCAGUGCGAGAGCCAUGCAGCAGGACACCAACUACGACCUCAUCUCCGGCACCUCGGGCUCCUUCUCCCUCUCCGUUCUCCCCGGCCCCACUGCCCCCGCCCGCUGCUCCUUCGCUCUCGCCAAAGCGCCCUCCUUCGGCCGCGUUGUGGUGGUGGGCGGCGCCGUCCGUCUGCCUCUGCGUGCCAGCGACAGCAGUGGUAACCAGCAGAGCUACAGCCUCAGCCGCUACCCGCCCUCAGCAGAUGCCUUCUCAGUUGUCGCCUCCCCCACAUCCGCCUGCCAGGAACCCCAGGGGCAGGCUGUACCUGUGGAGGGGGACGUGGCGUUUGGGAGGCUACAACCAGGGAGCUUCGAUGCUGAGUUGAAUUUUACCCGGGCGGGCGAGUAUACAGUGCAGGGCUAUCUGGGGGAGGUGCCGUUUGGGGCGGCGGCAGAGAGGUUCACAGUGCUGCCGGGGGAGGUGGAUCCGGGGGAGAGCUAUGUGGAUGGGGGGGACGUGAGGGAGGCGGAGGCAGGGAGUGUGGUGAGAAUGCGGCUCGUUCUCCGAGACGCCCUGGGCAACACGGCCAUUCCCUACCACCUCGUGCUGCCCAACGCCUCUCUCUCCGCCCAGCCCAAUGCCUCACUUGCUGCCUCCGCUUCCUCCUUUGCCUCUGUCUCUCCCUCCGACCAUGUCUCUGCCUCUGCUGCUGCUGCGGCCGCCCCGGCCUCUGCGGUGCAAGCGGCCUGCUCGGUGGUGCUGCGGCCGGUGAACCUCACGCACCGAGCCACGUGGUGGGGCGGGCUGUGGACGCAGGGGGAGGGCGAGGCUGCGUGGGGCGGGGAGAGCGGGGGGAGUGCGGACGGGCAGGAGGAGGCGGGGACUGUUGUCAUGGCGGCAGUGGGGGGCGGGAGGAGGGUGCAGCCGGCACAGGAGGGGGGUGGAGCAGGGCAGGAAGGGGGGCAGGGAGGAGAGGAUGGGGGAGAGGCAGGGGGGAUAGAGCCAGAGGGAGUGAAGUGUGUGUGGAGUGCUGCAUGCUCCCUGCCGCUCUGCCAGGCCCUUGCUGCUACGGACUAUGGAUCCCAGCAUGCAGCAGCUGCAGCAGGAAGCACAGGCAGUGGAAGAAGAGCAGCAGUAGCCGGUGCAGCAGGGGCGGCAGCAGCAGGGGGGUCGGAGGGGUGUGUGUUGGAGGUGCAGUUUGAGGCGCGGCAGGCGGGCAACUUCAGCGUCACGGUGCUGCUGGCGGGGUCCCGCAAGAAGCUCGUGUUCCCGGUGCCGCUGCUCGAGGUGCUCCCAGGUGCGCCCUCCGCCGCCCUCACCACUGUGCAGCUCAACGACAACUCCGCCCCCGCUGGCUCGCCCCCCAAUGUGACUGUGGUGGCCCGGGACGCGUUUGGAAAUGAGCUCCACGAGUUUGACUCGUCCACACUUCUCUAUGCCGUGCUGCCCGCGCCCUCCUCCUCCCCCCCGCCCUCGCCCUCCCCCUCGCCCCCGCCCUCUUCUCCCCCACCGGCCUCCCCCUCCCCCUCGCCCCAGCCCUCCUCCCCUCCCUCGCCCUCCUCCCCUCCGUCCGGCAACAGCACAUCUGGCAAUGGCACAGCUGGCAAUGGCUCAAGCAGCGCCUCUGCUGCAGCACAGCCUGCGCUGGCUGUGCCGCCACGCUCACUGCAGGAGUCCCAGGCAGGCAGCAGUGGGGAUGGCAUCGGGGAAGUGAGCGCUGGGAGCAGCAGCAGUGUGAGCAGCAGCAGUGUGAGCGGGAAUGGGACUGGGAGCAGUGCAAUGGAUGCGAGUGCGAUGGUGCCGGCAGCAGCAGGCAGCCAAAACCAAUCCCUCGUGGCCCACCCUGUCCUGCACGCCCUAGGCCCGGUGCAGGUGCAGGUGUACCUGGCAGGCCAGCCCGUCCCAGGUGCUACCUUCCCCCUCACCAUCCUUCCAGCACCCCCCUCCCCCGCCCUCUCCUACGCCUUCGGUCCGGGCUUGGAGCGCACGGUGGCAGGCGCUCCCUCGUCCUUCACACUGCAGACGCGCACGGCGCAGGGGUUGUUUCCCGGGCAGACCACCGCGGAGGGAGGGGGCGCGCAGGGGGGAUGGACCCAGCUCGCGCAGGGAGGGGAGGGGGAAAACAGCAGCAGCAGCAGCAGUGGCAGCAGCGCCAGCGCGUGGGGCAGCAGUGCAACGUUCCGGGACGGGCCGGUGAGCGUUGCCGAGGUGCGGUCCGUGGUGGGCAUGGGGGGGGGUGCGUACCGCAUCACGUACACCACGUACGAGCCGCCCCACGGGGGCUUCUACCGUGUGCGCGUGCAGCUGCACGUGGCGGGGACUGGCGAGCCCCCGGCUGACAUCAUGGACGGCCCGUUCUUCGUGCCGUUCUUCCGCGGCUCUGCCGCUGCCGCCCUCUCCACGGUGAACGCCUCUCUGCACUCCACGCUCUCGCUGCCCGUGCAGCAGCCGCUCGUGCUGCUCGUCACCACCGCGGACCAGUUUGGCAACGUGGGGCCCUACAACCCCCUUAUGGACUCCCUCCCUCUCGUCUUCACCGCCACUCCUUCCCGCUCCUCCUCCUCCUCCCCGGCCCCCUCCGACCCUGCCACCCCUGCCGUCCCCCCCGUGACCUCCCUGCGCGAUCUGUACAAUGGCUCGUGCGUGGCGGUCUUCUCUGCGGCGCAGCCCGGGCGCUAUCAGCUGUCCAUCAAGAUUGCGGGGUACUUUGUGGGCGGCGCUAACGGACCCAUCGAGGUAGAGGUCACUGAAACUGCAGCCAAUGGUACGGCACAGCCGGCAGCAGUGGCAGCAGCAGCAGCUGCUGCCAAUGACUCUGACGGGGACAACACAGCAGCAGGAGCAGGAGGAGGGUCGAGCGGAUCGGCAUCCGCAGCAGCAACUCUGCCACGCCAUUUACCCGGAGUGGAUGCGCUGCUCCGCGAGGCCGAGAGCAGUGCAGCAGCGGCGGGCACGGACGCGUGGCAGGUGAACGCCUCCCAGUGGCGCGUCAAGGGCCUGGCGGGCGGCGGCUCGUCCCUCUUCGCGCUGGCCCGCACGGACUUCCUCCUCGUCCCCGACUACAACUCCGACGGCCUCAACGACGCCCGCGCUGCCUCCGACGCCCCGCGCGCCGCGCCGCUCUCCUGGGACGUGCUCAUCCAGCCGCUCCUCUCCCCGCCCUCCUCCCUCACCCCCGACCCCUCCCGCCCCGCCUCGCGCCCCUCCGUGGUGCAGCCGCUGUACGACGGCACGUGCGUGGUGGCCUUCACCCCACCCGCUCCCGGCCCCUUCCUGCUCGCCGUGCGCCUCUUCGCCCAGCACGUGCCCGGCUCGCCCUUCCUCCUCUCCUCUGUGCCCGGCCCCGUGGCCCCUGAGCUCUGCGACGUGUGGGGGGCAGGGCUGGGGCCCACAGUGACAGCGGGGGCGACAGUAGGGGUGAAGGUGCUGGCGAGGGACCAGCAGGGGGUGGUGCGGCGGGGCCGGGGGGAUUUGUUUACCCUGCAGCUGUUUGGAGGGGGGGACUCGGGGCUGUACUCCAGCUCGCUGCUGCAGCCGGUAACGAGCGGGGCGGGGCAGGGGCAGGGCGUGUACGAGGGGACGUAUGAGGCGGUGCAGGCGGGGCGCGUGGCGCUGUGGGUGGUGUUCCACAACACCAUAGUGGCCACCGCCGCUGUCACCGUGCUGCCCGGCCCGCCCUCCGCUACCACGUCCGCUGCGCUGGUGCCAGAGGGGGGGGUGAGAGUGCGCGCGGGGGAGAGGGCAGAGGUGUUGGUGGCUCUGAGAGACGGGCUGGGCAAUGUGGCGUCCUUUGAUCCCGACGCUGCCAGUAACACCGCUGCUGCCACCACCCAACUCACGGUCAAGCUCCUCUCCUCGCCUCUCCCUGCCUCCUCCCCCGCCCCUACCUUCACUGCCACCACCAUCCAGCCAUCCCUGGUCGCCCUCUCCGCCCCGCUCACCAUAGCUGGCUCCUACCAGCUCCAAGUGCUGCUCAACGGCUCUCCCCUCCCCUCCCCUCCUCUCGCCCUAGAGGUCCUCCCUGCUGCCCCCGCCUCCUUCUCCCUCUCUGGCUUCCCUCCCGCUGCUUCCUUCCCUGUGGCCCGGCCGGUGGUUGUGCACGUGGCGCUGCGUGAUAGGUUUGGGAAUGCAGUGGGGCAUGGGGCGGGAGAGGAGGGGCAGGUGGGGGGGUCGGUGACAGUGUCGCAUGGGGACGAGUCGACAGGAGGGGUGGUGGGGGAGAUGUAUGGUCUCAAUGUGACGGCAGUGAAUGUGACUGCAGGGGACAUGAGUGAGACGGAAUGGGAAGGCACCGUAGCCACAACUGCUGCAGGAACCCCCUCUACAAGCACAGGCACAAUAGCCGGGCGCAGCAGGUCAGCCACUGCUCAGUCCCCCUCUCCAUCUCCCGCCUCCCCAGCCCCCUCCUCCCCCUCCUCCCCCUCCUCCCCCUCUUCCCCGUCCUCCCCCGCCAUCCGCGCGUGGCGGAUCUCCUUCACCCCUCUGACUCCGGGGCAGGCCUCCCUCCAGCUCAUGGUCGGACCCCCCGAUGCCGCAUUGCCCCUCUCCUCACCGUCCUCCGCCCUCCCCCUGCAGGCCACCAUCCUGCCGCGCCCCGUCAGCCUCGCGCACUCCACUCUCUUCGGCGCGGGGCUGCAGGAGGGGGGGGGCGUGCGGGCGGGGACCAUUGUGGAAAUGGGUGUGUGUGUGCGGGACGCCCAGGGCUUCCCCCUCCUCGAAGACGCCGCCAAGCUGCUCAAAGUCUCCGCCGCCUUCGCCUUCGUCGUCCUCCCUGCACCCACCCCUGGCGCCACUCUCCCUGUGCCUCCUGCCUCCGCCCUGCCCCGUGCCAGAAUGGGGUAUGGCGGAGGGUGCAUCUUCAGGGGCUCGUUCACCCCUCCCAACAACACAGCGGCAGCAGCGCCAUCAGCAGCGGCAGCAGCAGCAGCAGCAUCUUACGGGCUAUCGGUGGCUGUGCUUAUCAACAGCCGCCCGGUUCGCUUCCAGUCCACCAACAUCACUGUUCAUGCCGCCCUGCCGCCUAACGCUCCCCUACCAGCCAAUCUCGUGGUGACAGCUGUCACUGGGGACGGAGUCCCUAUUCCCAAUGGGUACCAGCUUCGGGGCGGUGCAGUUGGCUCGGAGACAAGGUUUGGCGUGCGAUUUACCGACUCUAACGGCACGGCCGUGCUGGUGCAGGAUGACUCAGCCCUGCUGCUGAAGCUCACCCCCUCCUUCGACUCCCAGGACCCUGACCCGGCUCUCCUCUUCGGCGCUGCUGCUGCAGGCACGCAGGGGGGUGGGGAGGAGGGGGGACGGGACAAAGUGAGUGUGAGUGUGAGUCGGGGAGGGUACGCAACAGUGACGGUGGUGGCAGCGGCGUCACACGUGCCGUGGCGCAAUGUGCACUACUCCACGCCUGACGGCUCCUCUGCCGGCUGGUUCCAGCUGCUCAUUGCUCCGGGUCCGGCCGUGGCAGUGCGGGUGGACGCAGCUCCCCUACUGGCGUGCGCGAGGGGGGCAUGCAUGGUGGGGCGGCGCACGGCGUUCAGCAUGGAGGUGGUGGACGGCCACGGGGCCACUCGCACGUUUGACAGGCUCACCGGGCAGGGUGACGCGCUCACCGUGACGCUCACACGCGCUGGCAGCAAUCAGGCUAUCUUCUCUUCUGCUGCCGCUGUCAACUCCAAGGGGAACUAUCUCGGAAGCUUCCUGGUGUACGAGCCGGGGAACUUCACCCUGGCAGUGCGGCUGAACAACCAGACGGCCUUCACCGCCCCGCUCCAAGUCCUCCCAGGCCCCUUCUCCCCCACGCUAUCCCGCGUGCACGACCUGUCAGCCACAGCCGUGGCGGGGCAGCCGUACCGCUUCAACGUGUCGCUCCGCGACGCCUUCAGCAACGCCUACCUGCUGCCAGGGCAGCCCUUCCUGCUGCACACGCGCUCACCCUCCUCCGAGGCGCACCAUGGGCUGCUGCUCUCCUCGCCCGCCUCGCCCACCCUCACUGCCGCCAUCACUGUCUUUGAGUCCGGGCCUGCACGCCUCUCUGUCACGCACCUGCCUUCCAAUGCGCACCUCUGGGGGUCACCUUACACGCUCACUGUGCUGCCCGGCCCCGUUGCUGCUGCUGCCUGCUCCCUGCUAGGCCUGGCGAAUGGCACACUUGUGGGCAGCAACCAAACUUUUUUGGUGGUUGCCCGGGACCUGUAUGCGAACCCUAUAGAGUACCCCACGGCGGGGGAAUCGGGGCUGACCGUAAAUGUGACAUUCGUUCCUGCCCCUGGUGGCGGUGGCAGUAGUGCAGAGACCACGCCAGCGGUGCAAACCACCCAAAUAGACUCCUCUCUCAAAAACCCUAGCCUGCCAGCUGGCGGGCUGGUCUUCACCUUUGCCACGUCAGCAGCAGGGACUUACACCGUCUCGGUGAAAGUGGGGCCCACUCACAUCAUGGGCAGCCCUGCUGACGUGGCAGUGCUACCUCCUGCCCCCUCCGCCAGUGUGCUUGCCUCCUUCGACCGCUCCCAGCGCUCCCUUGCCAUCGCUUUCUCUCCCGCUCCCACCCUCUCCUCCCCCUCCUCCUCCUCUUCUCCCUCGCCACCUGCCAAUGGUGGCACAGCAGGAGAGGGUGCAGGGGGGGGGGCAGCGGGAGGAGCGGGAGGCGUGGGGCAGCAGGAUUGCUCGGAGCUGCUGGACGCGGAGAGCAUGGCGCGGGUGGGCAGCGGUGCGCAGUGUGUGUGGCAGGACUCGUCCCACCUGCUGCUGUACCUGGGCUUCAACUCCUCCCUGCUCCCCUUCACCUCCCUCACCGCCUCCACCGCCCCCAACGCCACCAUCUCCUUCCUCCCCUCCCUUGCCGCCCCCACCUCCUCCCCCCUCCCCCCCAACUCCUCUCUCACUGUCGGCAUCGGCCCCCCUGGCGGCGCCUCAGGGGCGCGGUCCCCUCAGGAAGUGCAGGAGGCAGUGCAGGCGGUGCCGGUGGUGCUGGCGGCGCUGGAUGCCCCGGCCACGGUGGGCAUCUGCGACGAGCUGGUGCUGGACGCGUCCGCCUCGCGGUCGGUGUAUGGUGCGCGGCUGGCCUUCUCGUGGCGUGUGUUCUCGGACGCCGAGUCGCUGUCGCUGGACCUGCUCGUGUCGUCGCAGGCCGCCGAUGCCAGCACCGUUACCAUCCCGCCCAAGACGCUUACCCCUGGGGCCACUUAUGAGUUCGCAGUGUUUGUGAUGGACCCCAACGGCCGUGCAGCCAACGCGUCGCUGCUCGUCACCCAGUCCGCCACGCCAGCCCCCUCGCUGCGCAUCCUCGCCCCCGCCUCCCCCUCCGCCCUGCGCCAGCUCGCAGCCCGCCCCGGCGACUCCCUCACCAUCGCCUCCCUCUCCUCCAUGCCUGACUCCUCCUGCCUCCCACCUGCCUCCUCCUCCUCCUCCUCCUCCGCCUCUUCACCCCCACCGCCAGCAGCAGCAUCCGCACCGGCAGCAGCACCAGCAGCAUCAGCAGCAUCCCCUCUCCCCGCGCUGUCAGCCACAGCGCCCCGUUCCCUCCUCUCCCUCUCUGACUCCUUCCCCUCCCUCACCUUCUCCUGGUCGCUUGUCGCCGGCCCGCCUCUCAACUUCUCCCUGCCCGCCCUCGCUCGCUCCCGCCACUCCCCCUCGCUCACCAUCCCCCCCGGCACGCUCCAGCCCGGCGCAACCUACGUCCUAUCCCUAGAAGCCACGUCAGCAGCAGAUCCUGCUGUGAAGGCAGUGGACCACGUGGCAGUGCGGGUGAGUGCAUCGCCUCUGCGAGUGGCGAUCACGGGGGGCGACAGGGUGGUGUCGGUGGGGCAGCCAUUGCAGCUGCAGGCGGUGGUGGUGGAUGCAGACGAGGCCAGGGACAGCCAGGGGAACCCCUUGCCAGUUCAGUACUCGUGGGGCUGUGAGCCCCUGUCAGAGGCACAGGCGCUGCUCCCAGCCACGUCUCAAGCCUUGUCGGCACCUACCAGUGGUAGCAGCAGCAGCAGCAGCAGCAGCAGCAGCAGUACGGGCGGCAGCAGUGGAAGUGCCUCUGCGUGUUUCCCCAACGCCACUGCAGUGCUCGCCCUCAGCGCCUCCUCUCUCACCAUCCCCGCCAACUCCCUUCCCCCCGGCUCCUACCGCUUCUCUCUCCUCGUCUCCCGCAACCCCCUCUCGCUCCCCGGCACUUCCCCCGCUGCGCUGACCCGUGAGAGUGUGCCGGCUGUUGCGGUGGUAACCGCGCAGGACCGGGCGGUGCCGCCCGCUGCUGUUGGCGUGGCGGCGGCUUGGGGUCGGGCGGCAGGGGCCAUGGCGGAGUGGGCUCCGGGGAUGCAGCAGGGGGGAGGUGGGGGAGGGGGAGGUGGGGAGGGUGGCAAUAGUGGGGAUGGCAGCAGUGGGGGGAGCAGCAGUGGGGGCAGUGGUAGCAGCGAUGGCUCUAGUGGUGCAGCCAGCACAGGUGGUGCAGGCAGCACAGGCGGUGCAGGCAGUACAGGUGGUGCAGGCAGCACAGGCGGUGCAGGCAGUACAGGUGGUGCAGGCAGCACAGGUGGUGCUGGCAGUACAGGUGGUGCUGGCAGUACAGGUGGUGCUGGCAGUACAGGUGGUGCUGGCAGUACAGGUGGUGCUGGCGGUACUAGCGGCUCUGGUGGCACUGGUGGUGCUGGUUCUAGUGGCAGCAGUGGCAGCAGUGGCAGCAGUGGCAGCAGUGGCAGCAGUGGCAGCAGUGGCAGCAGUGGCAGCAGUGGCAGCAGUGGCAGCAGUGGCAAUAGCGGUGGUGGUGCCAGUAGCGGUGGCGGUGCAGCAGGCACGGGAGCAGGCGGGGAAUCAGCAGCGGGAGGCAGUGGGGGCGUGCAGGCAGGGAUAGCGCUGGACCGGUCGAGGCCGGUGGAGCUGCAGUGCGUGGUGGAUGUCAUGCCGUAUGCAUACGCGUGGAAGCAGGUGCUGCCCAACGGCACCCUCGUGGACCUCAAUGUCGGUUAGCGGACCAACCAUCUUGUCUCUCCU